UUCCCUGACGUCAAACCUGCAUCAGGGGCUGCAACGCCACAUUGCCCGUGGAUGCCUGCGUGAGCUGGCCAGUCGUGACUUGGAGCCUGCGUCCAGCGAGACGCGCUCCUGCCUCGCUCCCGCUCCUCCCGGCAUGACUGGCCGGGGGCUCGGGCUUCUGGCUCCGAGGCGCGCUGGACGGCUCGGGGAUCCAGGCUCCGCCACGGCACCGGCGUAAGCCGAGCGAGCCCCGAGCGCGAUCCUCGGUCUCCCCGGCGAUCCGGAAGGAAUCGGGGCAGCGUCCCGCGGAGAGAUUGUAUCAGUUGACUUAUUUUCCCCAUAAAUGUGAAGUCAGAAAAUCUAAGGUCCUGAAUAAAAAGUAAUAGUUGGAGAAUUCAUGGAUUUUCAGUAUUCAUAAUGCAGAGAAAACAAGGGUACUGCAGCUACUGCCGAGUGCAGUACAAUAAUCUGGAACAGUUUCCCUUUUCUUCCUAGCAUUUGUUCAGCGCUCAGCACAGAAGCUUGACCAGACAGAGCAGACGUCAAAUGUGUACCAGUAGCUUGAUGGAGCGUUUCUUGCAGGAUGUGCUGCGGCACCAUCCAUAUAACUAUCAGGAAAACAGAUCAGUGCAAAAUGAGAUACCUACGAAUGCCGAUGAAUCACCUGAUCCUGAGCCUUCAAAUGACUGCCUGCCUGAAGAAAACGCUGAGGAUGCUCCUGGACCCAGCAGAGAGAGACCCCCUGAGGGUUCUGACCCUGGAGAAGAGUCAAGUUCCACACCUAGUAAACCUCCGGAACGCGCGGAGGAGGUGUCGGUUCGACCGUCAGUUAUUCAGAAGCUGGAAAAGGGACAGCAGCAGUCCCUGGUGCUUGUUCCUAAAGUUGAGGGUAGUAUGAAAAAGGUUAAUCCAGUAGAUAUCGGCCAACCUACAAAUAAAGGCAAAAACUUAAUUCGACACCCAGUAAUUUGUAACGCUCCCGCUCGUGGUCUGCCUGAAAGUUCUUGUACUAAACCGGUUAUAACUCAAACGACUAGGUCACCAGCAGCAGGCACUUUGGAUUCAGUUAACAAAUGUGACCCAAACAAAGCUGACAAGCAGUCUAAACCACCAGAUGGGGUCUCUAGGAAUCUCAUGUCAUCAUCCAACGUAGACACAUCUGCAGGUUCCCAUGAGAAACACAAAAUAGGACAAUCUUUAUGUACCAAUUUAGAUAAAUUGGUUAUACAGAAGGGCACCAAACCUCAAAGUAAAAUUCUGUCAGGUGGCUUUAAAGCUAUGGGUGCUGAGAGCUCUGCCAGAGCUGAGUCUCCCCCUGAGUUAGCAGGAAACCCAGCAGAGAAGCCGAGUACUGCUGAUAUGCCUGCUAAUGAAGGGAUCAUUGAAGCUGCCACCUCUAGGCAGCCAGAGGAAUGCUGUUCCAGUAUGGAUUGUACUGAGGGAGAAAAGCAUGUGGGUUCUGGCAAGUCAGUGAUCUGGGGACAGAAGGGCUCAGUGAGUACUGAGAUGAAGUCUGAUUGUGACUCUGUGCAGUCAGCAUCUGAGGCUGUACAAGACAUCAGUCUGUGGAAGGAGAAUGAAAUUGACCAGGAAGAUAAGAACAAUGAAUCUAGAGGUUCUGAGAUGAGUCUUGAUUGCGGUGCCUCUUUUCGUUCACUGACUAAUUUAUCUAAAAUGGCUGCCAAAGAAAUAAAUCUUGCAAAGGAAGUACUUGCUGAUUUACAGUAUCAGAAUAUUAAGUGUUGUAUUUCUGCAUUAAGUUAUGGGUGUGAUGACUCUCCUCAGGAGGGCACCAGCCAAUCUCAAGUGAUUGUUAGAGAUUCACAUCUUAAAAAUGCAAAAUCUGUUAGCCUGGUUGACCAAAGCUAUGACUCUAGUGAUUCUGAAAUGAAUUUUGAUUGUGAUGCGUCCUUUCAAACAAUUAAUGACUAUCCCCAGCAGUCUAUGAAAGAGGAAGACCUUCCUCAUGAGGUGCCCAUUGUUUUGGUUGAUAAGAACUAUGGCUCUAGUAGCUCUGAAGUGAGUGAUGAUCUUACUGUCCCACAUCAGUUAGUGGUUGACCGUCCCCCAGUGAUUGUCACAGAAACAGCACGUUGGAAGAAGGCUCAUGUGAGGUUGGUUGAUGAGAGCUAUGGAUCAACUUGUUCUGAAGCAAGUUAUGAUUGUGAUGUUCCUCUUCAGUCAGUGGUUGAUCCUCCCCAAAUGACUGUCAAAGAAAAAAAACCGAAACACAAACACUCUCGCCAGAAAAAGAAGAAGAAGAAAUCCAAGAAGGCGAAAAGACGACUUCCUAACGAUGUACCAUUCGAGGCAGUGGCUGAUGAGCCCCAGAGGGAUCCUGAAGAAAUCAAUCUUCUGAAAGAGAAGAAUGCUGACCUUAUGGAUAUGAACUGUGAGUCUCAUGAUCCUGAGAUGUGUUUUCAUGCUGAUGCUCAAUUAGUGGCUGACCAAUCUCAAGUAGCAGUUAACGAAGUCCACCCACCAAACGUAGAUAAUGACCUAGAGAAUCAGAGUGUUCACUCUAGCAUUUCUAACCUAAGUUUUGAUUCUGAUGCCAUUUUUUAUCAGUCAGUUGAUGAUCAGCCUCAUGGGGCUUUGGGUGAAGUAAAUUUUAAAGAGUUAAAUAUUGACAUGGAACUUAAGAGCUGUGGGUCCUCCACUUCUGAGUUGACUUUUGAUUCUGAUACUCCCCUUCUGUCAGUUUCUAAUAUGAGUCAGCAGGAUGUUGAAAGAAUAAAAGAAGAACGCACUAACCCGGAAGAUGGGAGCUGUGAGUCGAAUAGUUCUGACAUAACUUUUGAGUCCAAUAUUCCUCUUUGCUCAGUAGUUGACCAACCUGGAGUAGCUGUUUAUGAGGCGAAACCUGUUGAACUGGAAAAUAAAAGUAAUGAGCCUUGUGUUUCUGAAAUAACUCUUGAUUCUGAUAUUCCUCUUCAUUCAGGAAAUGAUCAACCUGAAGUAGCUGUUAAAGAAGUAAUCAUUCAGAAAGAAGAGUAUAUACACUUAGAAAGGAAGAAUGAUGAACCCAGUGGUUCUGAAAUAAGUUUGGACUCUAAUAUCCCUCAUCAUUCAGUGAUUAAUUCUCCUAAAGUAGCUGUUAAAAAGCUAAGUCCUCAUAAAGAAGAGCAGGUACCCUUAGAAAAUAAGGAAAAGGAACAUACGAAUUCUGAACUAAGUUUGGGUUGUGGUACUGCUUUUCAUUCUGUGACUGGACAUUCUGAAGAACCCACUGAAGACUUAAACUUUCAGAAAGAAAAGCAGGUACACUCUGUACAUAAAUCUAAUGAAGUAGGUGUUUCUGAAACACGUUUUGGGUCUGUUAUCCCUCUUCAGUCAGUGAUUCAAAAAGCUCAAGGCAUUAUUAAGGAAAAAUGGCUUCAAAAAGAAAGGGCUGCUAAAUUCCAAGAUAGAGGUGCUGACAUUCGUGGUUCUGAGAUAAAUUCAGGUUCUAGUGCUCCUCAUCAUUUAGUGACUGAACCUCAAGAAGUUGGUAAAAAAAAGAAGAGAAAGGAGAAGCAUAUUGAAGAGAAUGACAGUGAUAAAUACAGUGGUUCUGGAGUAAUUGUGAGUCCCAAAGUUUUUCCCUGGUCAGUGAUUGAAAAAUCUCAACUAGCUGUUCUGAAGGAGGACCGUGCAGACCCAAAUGCUGAAAGCACUGAACCCCGAGGUUCUGAAGUAAAUGUACAUACUGAUGUUCCUCUUUGCUCAGUCACUAGCCAAGCUCAGCUAGCCCCUCAAAAUGAAAACCAUGCUGAUCUAAAAGAUAAAAAAAACGGGCAACCUACUGAUUCUAAAAUAAGUUUCAAAUCUGUUGACCCCCAUCAGUCAUUGACUGGACAACCUCGAGAAACAGUAAAAGAAAUUGAUAUAUGGAAUGAAGAGGAUAUUGACUUUAAAAACAAGAUUGAUGAGCCUGCUGGCUCAAAAGUAACACAUGGCUCUGGUGUUUCCCACCCACCUUCAGUUGAUCAACCUCCUGUGACUGUUAAACAAAUAAACCAUGAGAAUAAAGAUGAGAUGUCCUUGGAGAUGAAGAAAAGCCAGAAUAGUUGUUCUGAAAUGAGUUCCCAUUCUACUUUCUCAGUUCCAGCAAUAGUCAUUCAACCUCCAAUGACUUUUUUGAAGCCAGAGCACACAGAGGUGGGAGGAAAACCCAGUCAGUCUCAUGGUUCUGAAAUGAAUUUUGAAUCUGAUGAACCCCAUCAGUCCGUGGGUAAUCACCGUAUGAAAACAGUUAAAGAGGGAAGUUUCUGCACGGGUGAAGUUGGUCGGAAAGAUAAGAAGGAUGAAGUGAAAGGUGUUAGCGUUAUAUGUAGUUCUAGUGUCCUUCAGCCAGUGAUUGGUCAAACUGAAGAAGUAGUUAAGGAGGCCAACAUUUUGAAAGACAAGGUUGUCAAACCUAAUAAUUCUGAAAUAAAUUUUAAAUCUAGUGAAUCUCUUCAGUCUGUGACUAAUAAAAUUCAAGAGCCUAUUAAGGAAAUUAAUCUUCUGAGGGAGGAAGAACAUGUUUGUCUGCCUGAUAAGAGCGAUGAGCCUGACGGAUCCCAAAUAAUGUACGUUUCAAAUAAGCCUCUUCAGUCGGUAAUGGAGCAGCCACAAAUUUUGGAAGAAGAAUGUGCCAAUUUGGAACUUAAAAGCAGUGAUCCUUGUAGUCCUGAAACAGGUUUUGAUUCCAGUGACCUUUUGCAAUCAGCAGGAGACCAGCCUCAAAAAACUAACGGGGAAACAGAAACAAAUCUCUGGAAGGAAGACCAUAUUUAUCUGGAAAAUAUGAGCUACAAGCUAGGUGAUUUUGAAAUAAAUUGUGAUUCUGGUGUUCCCGUUCAGUUUGUUGCUGAUCCGUCUUCUGUAUCUGCCAAAGAAAUGAACUUAGAAAAGAUGUAUCAUAAUGACUUAGAAGGUAAGGACUAUAGACCCUGCGGGUUUGAAAUGAAAUGUGACUCUGAGAUUCACCUUCAGUCAGAUACCUACCAUCCUUCAUCGGCCCAUGAAGAGACAAACUUUCAGAAAGAAACGCAUCUUAGCAUGGAAGAGAAGCUGAGUGAACCCAGUGAUUCUGGAGUGAUAUGUGAUGCUGAUGUCCCUUUUCAAAUAGUAGUCAACCAAGCGUCAGACAGAGAAGCAAAUCAUCCCGAGGUGUUCCUUGUGGACUUGAUGACCAGUGAUAGUGACUGUGAUUGUGAAGUGGUUUCUCAUCCUCACUUGCUGCAUGACCCAGUUCAUAUGGCUGCCAGAGAACUCAAUUCUGCAAAUGUAGAUUCUAUAAAUGUAAAUGAUUACUGCUAUGACUCUUGUGGUUCUGCUGUUAGACAUGUUUGUAAAGCCCGUUUUCAGCCAGCGAAAAAGCAAUCUAAGGAGAGCUUCAAAAUAAUAAACCGGAAGAAUGACUAUAUUAUUCUGGGAGAUUUAAGCUGUCCGUCUUGUGAUUCUGAAACAGACUGUGAUGGUGACACUUCACCAUCCAUGACUUACUACUCACAAAGACCUGAUAAGAAACCGGUCAGAUCUAGUGGUUCCAGAAGAAAUUCUGCCAUGAAAGGCACUUCUCAGCCUAUGACUCACCAAACGCAGAGAGCUCACCAGGAAAUGAAACUUGGGAAAGAUCAGAAUAAUGUCGACCUGAUGGAUCAGCGCUGUGCAUCUGGCAAUUGGGCAGUUGCGUGGGAUGGCUCUGCUGAGUCAGUGGCCCAAGGAGUAGCUCCUGGAGAACAACUUUUGCAGUUAAAACAUACCGAUCUAGAAAAGAGAGGGAAAUCUUGUGAUUCUGAGAAGGGUCGUCAACACAGACCUUCCAUUCUGCGCAAACCUGACAAGUCUCAAAAAGCUUUGGGCAAAAAAAAGCCAUUUAAGAAGGUCAGAUUUGACCUGAGAGAAGACAGCCAUGAUUCCCCAUCCAACUCUUUCCCCAUGGCUGGUUCUAAAAGGAAGCCAGAAAAAGCAGAAGAGGUUGUUGAAGAUGAUCCUAAUGAGCCAGUUCUUGAAGCCUUGCCCAAUAUGCCUCCCUCAUUUGUAGGGAAAACAUGGUCUCAAAUAAUAAGAGAAAAUGACCGUAAGGUUGAUGCCCUUGUGAAGGAAUUUAGGGAAGGUCGUUUCCACUGUUACUUUAAUGAUGAUUCGGAGCCCCCCAAAGACUGUUUGAAUAAAGGAAAAAAAGCCACCCAGCCUGACCUUAAUCAGGAUACUGCCUCACUUCAAACUCUGUCAGAUGACAUAGCAGGCAGUUUUUCUGGUUUUUCAGAGAGCGAUGACUUCUCUGUGGACUUGGAUAGCCUAGGCUUUCAUUAUGCUCUAGCACAGCAGUUUCCCAACCACUUGUGGCAUUUGACUUGUCGAUGCCGAUCAGUGAAAGUAAGCCAUGCAACCCAGACCAAUUUUGCAAAUAACCAAGCGAACAAAAGGAAAAGUGACAGUUCAGAGGAAGAAUCACCAGAAAGGAAGCAUUUUCAGGAUGACAGCAACACAGCCACUGUCCAAGGCAGCACUGAUGAAUUUCCUGAGUCAAGUCCUACCCAUUCAGAUCCUACAACAGCCUUAGUCCACUCUCCUUCAUCUCUAAAUGCAGAAUCCAAGGAUGGGGAAUCCUCCGAGCUUUGCAGCAUGGUAGCCAAGGGUUGUGAUAAUAUGCCGUGUAUGUGCAAGUGGGAACAGCAUGCCUUUCAUUGCAAUGACCCCUUCCUAAAGCAACCUGUGACUGAUAACGAUGAUGAUAUGCAAUGUUGUGCUUCAACAUCUGCCAUGGCAAGAUAUGAAUUAAAGUCAUAUCAAAGGAACAUCAAAUCUUCGAUUCUAAAGGCAAGUCGCUUCCAGCUAACUGCCCAAGUCUUUCCCAAAUCAGGUAGACGUGAGUUUUCAGAAAGUAAAAGGAAAAGUCAGGGCAAGAAGGUAGCAGCUAGUAAUAAGAUCAGUUUUCUCCAAAAGGUUUAUAAAUCAGUUACUCUGCCUCAGAAAAGCAGACCAGUUUCAGCGAAACAGUCAGUUUGGAUCCGGACCAAACCAAAUGAUAUCAUUAGGAAGUACAUUUUGAGGUACUCCAUUUUUAUGCGUCGUAAAUACCAAUCUAGGGCCACUUUUGUUGCAAUGCUUUUCAGAAAGAAGCAGUCUGUUGUGAAUAGGCUAGAGAGAGAGGAGAGACCUACUGAGAUGCUCUUGGGUGCUUCAUCUCUGCCAAAUGGUGCUGAGGAGCAGUUACGAGUCAUACCAGGUCCUCCGAAGCAGCCUGUGCAGGCUUCUCCCAGCAGGGCAGGGAGAAAGAGAAAGGGCCUCACACGUUGCCGCCGCAGAAGGAAAAAGUCCGGUAUUGCUAGACCCUAUGAGUUGAGAAGUGUGUGCACCAUACCCGAUUCUGGUAGAAUGGUGACUCGGCAAUCCAACAAAUCGAGAACUAAUGAGGUCAAACUGAAGUUUACAUGUUAAUUGAGGAUUCAGUACUUUAAUCUAAAUAUAUCUGGUAUUUAGUACUCAUAGCUUUCCCAGCUUUUUUGGGAAAACCUUGAAUAUUUUGCUAUAGAUUUUAUUUUUCAGAACUUUUAUAUUCAUUUAAAAUUAGUGUUUAGGGUCCUUUUCUUUAAGAUUCAAAAUUAACUUCUGUCCAACAUUUUCUGUAGAAGAUCUUUAUCUUAAUUUGUUGUUAAUUUGGCAAAGUAUAUAGAAUUUUUGUUCAUCAAAUCCUGUCUUAUUUUUUAUGACAAUCAUUCUCAUACCAGCAAGUUAUAACAUUAUGAGAAUGAAGAUAGUAAAGCUAUGAAUGCUUUUAUUUUUAAAGAUCAGAACAAAUGCAUAUGUACUUACAUUCUGUGUUUCAGAGUGGAAUUGUCAAUAUAGUAUUCUAACUGGAUGAUUAAAUAUAGGACACUAUAAUGAAUUAACCUUUGGGUGAGGUUGACUUGAAAGAUCAAACCUAAAAUAGAAUUUGUCCUUCUCUUUUAAAAGAAAAUGUGAUUUCCACGAUCUUUAAUCGAAUUUUAAAAAAAGUGCCUGGUGACUAUAUAAACACAACACAGAUUCCUCCUGCUUCUUUAAACUGGGUUUACAAGUCUUUUAACUUUCCACAAACGUGUACAUACACAUCUUGGUAGACUUUUCUUUAGCAUCAUUAGAUCAUAGGGGGAAAAUGAUAGUUGUCGGUGCGGUUAGGUCUUUUUAAUUGUCUUUACUACCUUUUACUUGAAGAAUUGUUGGUUUAAUAUGAAAAAUCCAUAUUAUUUUAUACCAUUAUCUCUUAAAAAUGUUUUUGACAUCACUGUAUGCAUUGUUUAAGUGCUCCAUCUGAAAUUACUGAUUUAAUAAAAUUAUUUGAACAGCUCAUUUUUUUUUUUUUUGCAAAGUCAUGUAGUAUUUCAAAAAGUGGAAUAAAACUGAGCACCUAAGUGGAGGCUUAUUUUGCAAGUGGAAAAUCUUGAUUUGCCUUGAACUUGUCAAUUUCAAUAAUUCAAAUAAAAGAUGUUAAGAUACCCAGUUUGCAUCUGGGAUACUCGAAAUAUCUUCAGAUCCUUUAUUGGUAGACACUGGUUGAACUAAUACAGAUGAUCUCCUUACCCUGGUAAGCCAAAAUCUUGGCUCUUUUUCUGUCAUCAAUGUUAAAGCAAAACGUGAAUUUCAACUCUAUUGUGUGACUAACAUGUUUUAUCGAAACUACAGUCAGUGUUAAGAUGUAUCUUGAUUUAAGAGGUUAAAAAAACGUGUUACCUUAAAAUUAAUGAAUAUAGUGUAAUGGUUUGCUUAUGAAUGUGAUUUUAUUUUAGGGGCCGUUAUUUAACCUGUGGGUGUGCUAUGAUGGUGUUGUGUUGUAAUUUCUUCUAAAUUUAAGCAGUAAUUACAGUGAAAAAAUGAGCAAGUGCUUAUAUUUUUAGUUGCAAAAGAACGCAUAUAGCAUUUCCUUCAACCAUAUUUCCAUUUGCUUAAAAUAUCACUGUGGGCUACUAGUCCAGAAUAAUCCUCCCAUUUUAGUUUAAGAAGAAAGCUCUGUCCCACUGAUCAGGAAGUAAACAACUAGUUCUGUAAAAUAUUCUACUUGUGGUUAUUGAUGUCUUUUUUUUCCUGUUGAAUAAACCAUAUAAUUCCCUCAGGUACCAUGAGGGAACUUCAAGAAGUUCUUGGAAAACAGAUUAUAAGAUAAGAUUAUUUUGGUGCAAAAAAAUUUUGAGAUCCAGUUUUUUCAUAGUAAACAUUUUCCAUGACCUUUUGGAAGAUCUCUUAUAUUAAUAGACACACUGCAGUGUAGGUUUAAAAACAAGACUUUAUUUGAAAAUAAUUCUGUAAAUAUAUCACAUCUGCUGUGAUCACAUCAUGCACAGUUGACAGUUCUAACUAUCCAAGUGAUCAAGAUUUAAAUGUAGAAAACCGUGACAACAUUUUUCACAUUGGGAGCUCUUCUAAGUCUCAUUUUCAGGGUGACAGAUUUAUAUUUACAGUCUACAUUAUUGAAAAUAUUAAAUCAUAAUAUGGGACUAAUGAUAUUGGUUAACAUGGAAAUGCUAUGCUAAGUUCUUAUAGCCAUUACAUUAGGAAAGCUUGAAAAUUUGAAAAUAAGUUGGAAGGAAUUACUUUCAGAGUUUGAUAGUAUACAGGAUGUGCCCCUUUGUCUAAAUAAAUGUUGGUUUAAUUUGCAGAUUAGAUAAAACAAUUGGUGUUUUUGUGUGCUCAAGAAUGCAUCAUAUUGUUUUAAUAGUAAAAAGUCAAAUUAUAAUCAUAAUGAGUAUUUUAUUAACCUUGUCCAUGUUUGGUAUUUUGCAUAGGUUUUUAUUGUAGUUGUCCUGAGUUCUAGAGUAUGUGAAACAAUAUUGUGCAGAGUGUGUUUUUGGCAUUUGUGCAUUUAAAUUAUUUAUGUAACUAGGGCUCUGAGUAGCACUUUUUUUUUGCUUAAAGAAAAAUUAUAUUUAAAUAUUCAAAUAAUUAUAUAUUUCCAUGUAAAACUAAUGUGAAGCUUAAUGUAUUUUUUAUAAUGCGAUUUAAAUGGUAAACUUGUUUUUGAGGUUAUCAAGAUAAAGCUUAUUAAACAUUGA